UCAGCAGGUCUGGCAGCACCGGCGGAGAAGAAAAGAGUUGACGUUUCGAGUCCUUGUGACCCUUCCACAGAACUCAAAGUUCUGUUUUUGUUUUUGAGUCAUUGUCUAUUUUCAAUAUAUACUUCAGCUCCACAGCCGGAGACAAGGGGAAAAUAAAUUAAACUGUGGCAUCACUGGAAGGCUAUGAGUUGAUUGGCUGCUAAGACAAAUGAAAACCUCUUUCGACCAAAAAUAACCAUUUCCGCUGCAGAGACUUGGCACUUCAGUCUGGAAAUGUGAUGUCCAAUAUGUGAUCCCUUAAGGACAUAAAAUAGAAGAAGCAGUUGGGUUUGGCUGAUAUAUUCCACUGCCACCAGAUGAAGAUCUCGCAGCUGCAGACGAUGUAUGAAGCACCUGCUCCUCUGAUCGAGUCUGAGGAAGAACAUGGGCCCCGCCCCUUUCCUCGGAGAGGAAGUGACGCGUAGAUCUGGCGGCUGUUUCCGGUCACAGUUGCUGAGUGGGCUCGAAGUGGGGGUGGGGAAGCGGGAGAGACCGUGAAUCAGUAUCCGAAUCCGGGGCGAGAGACCGUGAAUCCGGAUCUGGGCAGAGGCCUCUCUCCCGGGGCCGCCAGCAGUGAGUCGGGUGCCUCCUCCUUCCCCCGCCGCCGGGGAUCGGGCCCCGCAGGAUCCCGUGGGGCAGAGACAUUUUGGAAGUGGGGUCGCCGCCCCGCUUUCAUGGGAAGGGUCUUCACCGCUUCUGCCGCUGCCUGUGCUCGGUGUUCGGGACAUGGAUCCUCUGGGAGCCCGCUCUCCCAUCGUGGACAUUCAGACUUUACCCUGUUGGGCUAACAGUUCAGAGAAGGUUGAGAGUGGGAUCAGCAAUGAAGUGCACCCAGACAGUUCCAUCUCCUCACCAUUCCCUUACAGGAAAGACAUUAACAACAAAGUGAUUCUAUGGAAGGGGGAUGUGGUCUUGCUAAGCUGCACAGCCAUCGUGAACACGAGUAAUGAAACACUGUCUGACAAGAAUGCUAUUAGUGAAAGUAUCCACUUGCAUGCAGGACCAGAACUCAGAGAUGAAUUACAGAAAUUGAAAGGUUGCCGCACAGGAGAGGCGAAGAUGACCAAAGGCUUUAACUUGGCUGCAAGGUUUAUUAUCCACACAGUAGGACCACGAUAUAAUGCUAAAUACAGAACAGCUGCUGAGAGCUCCUUGUAUAGCUGCUACAGGAGUGUACUUCUAUUAGCCAGGGAGCAUUCAAUGUCCUCAGUAGGUCUGUGUGUCAUCAAUACACCAAAAAGAGGCUACCCUUUGGAGGAUGCUACCAACAUUGCUCUGAGAACAGUUAGACGAUUUUUGGAGAAACACGGAGACACUAUUGAGACUGUUGUUUUUGCAGUUACAGAUCUAGAAGAGGCUACAUAUGUGAAGUUGAUGCCUCUUUAUUUUCCACGAUCUUUGGAAGAAGAGAGGAGGUGCCUGCCAAUUCUCCCUGCUGAUGUAGGGAAUGCUGAAGGAGAGCCAGUCAUUGCAGAACGUCAGAUCCGUAUAUUGGAUAAACCAGGCAUUCCUCAUUAUGAAGAUGAAUCUGAUGAGGAACACCUUGAGCUAGAGUACAUUGGGACGCACGCGUUUGCUAAGAUGGAAGGAGAUAUCGAUAAACAGAGGCGGCUGAUUCUUCAAGGACAAAUGUCUGAAGCAGCAGUUCAAAAAGCACAUCAGAGAAACUAUAACCGUUGGUUGUGCAGAGCUAGAGCAGAUGAUCUUUCGGGUGUUGCCUCGUUAAAAGCAUUAUACCAGACUGGAUAUGAUAAAUGUGGUCGUACAGUGGUGGUGAUAGUGGGAAGGAAUAUUCCCGUAACACUAAUAGACCCAGAUAAGGCUCUGUUGUAUUUUAUUCAUAUUAUGGACCACAUUGCUGCAAGAGAGUUCGUUAUGGUGUAUUUUCAUACACUGACCAGUGACCACAAUCAUCCCGACUCAGAAUUCAUCAAGAAACUGUAUGACAUAGUUGAUGUAAAGUAUAAGAAAAACAUGAAGGCAUUUUACUUUGUGCAUCCAACAUUUCGGUCUAAGGUGAUGACUUGGAUGUUCACAACCUUUUCUGUCUCUGGGUUAAAGGACAAAAUUCAUCAUGUUGAGACCCUCCCUCAGUUAUUUGCGCUCAUUUCCCCAGAGCAGAUUGACAUUCCGCCCUUUGUACUGGAGUAUGAUGCUAGGGUUAACGGACCUUACCAGUAUUCGUGCCCCUCCUCUCCUGAUCUAUGAAGAACCAGCAUGCCAUUGGUUUCUAUAUCCAACUGCAUAUCAGAAGCUGAAUGCUCUGAAUGAAUAAUGUUAAUAUUCAGGAGGCCUUUUUUCCUUAGCUUUUUUGAAAUGGUUUUAGGCUGGCAUUCAAAUUGCUGUGAAACAAAAUGCAAGGGGCAGCAACUUUUGACUUUGGGAUGAAAAUGUUUUAAAUGCUUUCCUAUUUUAUUUAAAAAUUACUUCUAAGAUCAUUUGUUUUAAUUUCUAAUAAUUAAUUGGUUAUUGAUUCCACUGGCUGAAGCCUUUCAAUCAAAUUUUACUCAGAAUCCUGGAAACUCCUGCAAGUGGUAUGGGGAGGGCUCGUUCUAUUCUAAAGAUGACAUUUAGACUUCAAACUUUAUAUUAUUUAACAAAAAUAUUUCAGUGCCUGACAACUUAAACUGAACAAUAAUAAACCUUUGGUGCAUAGAGCAUUAAUCUGUUGCAUACAGGAUGAAUAAUGUAAUUUUGACAUUUCAUUCAGGAUGUAGAACAUUUUUUAAAAGUUUUUAGUAAUGACCAUUACAAGUCAAUACUUGAUUUUUACUGUUAAGUCACUUGUGGGCUUUUGUAAAACCUAAAUAACUUCAGAAUGUGCAUCAAGAUAUACUCAGGCAAAAUUGAAGUGAGCUGAUCUAUUACCCGAAAAAUCUCUUGUAUGCUCAGUUUCUACCUAAACAAUUGAAGCUGAAAUGAACAUGCUGCAAAAUUGAGGUCAACAGUUGUCUGUACUCUAACUCCAAUUCAGUAAAGCAAACCUCCAUAUGUCACUCUUCCUCGCUGAAGAUUCAUGUUUACACUGCAGGUAAGCAAUUAGACCCACAGGAGUACUGCAAUUACUUUGCUUUUAAGAAGCAUAUUUCCAAAGGCACUUAUUCAGCUUUGAGAAACGUGUUAAUACAUUGGGUAAACAAAACUCAAGGCUUCAAUCAAAAGAUUCUUGACAGGGAUUAACUUUAGGCAAACACACUCUUGAUGCUGUUAUAAAAAAUGGUUCACUUAGUAAGAAAACCUCAUGCUAAUUCAGGCAUUCCUGCUCAAAAUAGUUGGCCCAUUGUGCAAUGGUCUUUAUUUCAUGGGUAAAUAUCAGUGGGUUCUUAACAUUUUGUUGUGGAUCAUGUGUCCCAGAUGAGAUUCCUUAUUGAAAUUGCAUUGAAUAAUUUUACUUUUCAGCAGAAGUACCACUAGUUCUCAAUAAUUGUACUGCCUUUGCUGAAAGUCUUUCAAGAUAAUUACUUUUAGUUUUAUUUAAUAGUGACUGGCUUUCAAAACUUAGAUUUUACAGUUUGUUGAACAGCAGUUGCAAAUACUGAACAGAAGGGACUAUUAUCUUCAUUUAAACACAAUGCAGAAUAUUUUCAUUUACAUUAUAAUGCCACAGUUUAACCUUUGAUUCAAAACAUACUUAGCUUAGAAAAGGGAAAUUUAGAUUGUCUUCAAGUACUUUUUCUUUAGAUGUUUAGUGGCCAUAAUAUGUAAUUAAAAUAUGCUGGACAAUUAUUCCAUUUAAAAUGCUUAAUGUGAUUUUCAUGUGUCUAGUUAGAUGCUUAAUGCCAGUUUGAAUCCAUCCUUGGCAUGUAAAAUGAAAGCCUACUGCCACAUUUUCAGGCAACUAAGUGGCAAAAACUUAUUGCACAAAAAUCAAUUAGGUACUUAUAUUGGUACUUAAUUUCCUACUUCACUCAGAACAGAGAUGGCUGUUGUGUAAUUGUCACAACUGAUACAAUAGGAAGUUUCUAUGAAAUUAGCGUUGGGGCACAUUGUUUAUGUGACUGGGAAAUGUUUUUAUCUGAGAUUUUGUAGAAGUAUUCUAAAACGCAAAAUUAUUGUCUUACUGUGAGAAUUGUGAAGAUUUUUUUCUUGUUCUUAUGAUUUUUCCGGUCAUGACAACCACACUUAUCCUGUCCAUGUUGUAAAUAUCCUUUGUUUACACUACAGCUGUAAAUGCAUAUAUAAAAUCAUUGCGCCACAGUCCAUUAAGAGCAUUUUACUAUAUCUGUUUUAUGUAUUGAAUAUAUUAACUUUGACAUUUUAUUGUAAUAUAAUUUCCAUUGUUAUUUUUGACAUUACAUUUUAUGAACCUGCUUAAAACUUCAAAUAGGCAAUUGUGAAACUAAGCAGUUCUAAUGAAAUUGAGAAUCUUGUCCCUUUUUUUUAGGUAAUGGUGGCUAGUUCUUCUGGGUUAGAGAAUGAAUUAUGUGUUUACUCUGUGAGCUUAUGAUUCGUUGCUUUCACCCAAGAACAUAAACCAUGCCAAUAGAAUAUAUGAUUUUGCAUGACAGCCAGUAAGUAUUAGCUUUUUCCAUUGAGAGGCUGCCUCCUGUCUCUCUAGCCAAGAGCUAAUAAGAUAGAUCAUGUGUUGGCUUUGAUGUCAAAGGUGUGUAUUUGCAUUUGUAAUUGUAAAGAGUUGUGAUGUCAAUACCUCUACCAUUAUAUUAAGGAUUGCGGCAUUUGGCAAAAAACUUCUGUCUGUUUGAGAGGUAUAAAUGAUAUAUGAUACAUUGUGAGUAAGAUUCUUUUUCAAAAGUUAAAUCCUAGCAGUUCAGGGGAUUUAAAGAGGUUACAAGAUUGUAUUCAUUUUAGUUUUUCCCAUUUCAAGAGGAACUAAGUCUUUCCUUAAUAAAAACCUCAUGGUGCAUACUUUUCUUGAAUUAGGGUGAGCCGCAAGCAGUGGAGAAAGUCCAAAGAUGCACAUUCUUUGCUUAAUUACUGUUUGCUCAAUGCACAACCUUACAUACAAAAAUAAGGCAUACAGAACUCAAUGAAUAUGUAUAUAAACAAAAUUCUGCCUUUCAACUUUUAGUUCAGUAGCCAAUCUUCACACUAUAGUUAAUUGCUAUCUACAUUUGCCUAAAUUUACAUGUUGGUUCUUAUUUUUCACUCAAUUAAGUGGUUGUAUCAUUGUUGAAAUAUAGCACAACACUGAAGUAGAGUCCCACCUUAUGCAUUAAGUGAUAGGGACCAAACUAUAAGGUAAUAGGAAUCCUGAUUUCCAAUUGCUUGAUAAGAGCUUUCAACAUCAGAAAUGUUGCUAUGGAAUAUCAGAUUUUUAGGAGAUAGGAGGAAAGAAGAAUCUCAACAGGGAAUGAUGAGACGUGGGGCAGGAAAAUUCAAACUUUACAAUUGUUCAAAGCAUAGAUUGACAUUACUGAUGUCCUUUUACUUACUGAAAGACAUUAAAUGCUACGCAGAUUAUUUUGAGUGGCAUGUCAUCAGAAUAUAAUGUGCAUCUUGUACAAAAGGCAGAGAAUUUUGUAUUUAAAUUGCAGUCUUCUAUCACAAGUUAAAUGCAAUUGCAAAUAUACUAAAACAACUGAAAUGCAAUGGCAAAAUUGUUCGCUACCAUGCAAAUUUGCAGAAUAAAUGCUGCUUGAAUUUUAAACUGUUGUGCAUUAGGACUUGAAUAAGGCACACUCCUUUACUGUUCUUAAUUUGAGCUUUUGAUUUUGAUUAUUGCUUUACAAUGCCGAAGUAUUCCCUUUCCUAGUACUCUUAGCAAAACUAGUACUAUUUAUAUUUCCCCCCCCCCCCCCCCCCUUUCUAUGAUACUUGGAAACAUCUUGCUCCCAUCUCCAGCUUUUUUGGGAGGUGGGAGGGGAAGGCAGUCAUGUUCAGCAGUAUAGAAAAAUGAUCCAACUGCUUAGACCUAGUCAAUUAUUCAUAGUGCCAAAAAGCUCUGAAUCUGCAAUCACAAUAGUAUGUGCCAUGUGGCUAACAAUAUUGCUGUCAAGUUUUUUAUUUCAUAUAUGCAAGAGUCAAGCACAGUACUGAGAGAUUCAUCUUAAACACACAAAAUUUUCCCUUUUGUCGUAAAUGUCAUGCUUGUAGCUAAACCUCACAUUAAUUCAGCUCUUGGCUUCCCACAUUUUUCAUGUACACAAUGUUUGAUUCUGUUAUCAUUUGUGCUAAAACUGGUUUCACUUUUAUUUGCACAGUUUUUGUUUGGGUGAGUACUGAUGCGUUUAUCCUGAUAUUUGUGUGUAAGAACUUGCCCUACUUGGGCAGGGAAUUUUUAUUUUGUGUUAAUAAAACAUUGUCAAUCAAGUAAAA